AUGUCGAAUUUGCAAGCGUCACAGUUGUUCUCCGUCAAGGGAGCUGUCGUGGUGGUGACAGGAGCAGGAAGUGGGUUGGGUCGGACAAUGGCCCUUGCACUCGAUGCAAACGGCGCCUCGAAAGUCUUCAUCGUCGGCCGACGAGAAGACAAGCUGCAGGAGACUGCCUUCCUGGCAGUCAACAACUCAAUCAUACCCAUCAAGGGCGACGUCUCGUCCAAGGAGUCCCUGCAAGCAGCCUACGAGGCCAUCGCAUCCCAGACCGGACAUAUCAACCUCUUGAUCGCGAACAGUGGUGUUAUGGGGCCUGAAAUCAAGCCCCCCGCCGCAAAAGAGGACGGGUCACUGCCGAGUCUCACCGAAAUCCGUGAUAAGCUCUGGUCAGUGCCCAUGGAGGAAUUCUCCAGAAUCUUCGACAUCAACGUUACAGGGGCCUAUUACACCGUCCUCGCGUUCCUGCCUCUGCUCGAGGCAGCGAACAAGCAGAGACCGGCGCCGGAGAUGAAUAAGCUCUCUGCACCCACCGCGCAGGUUGUCAUCACCAGUUCGAUUGCGGGUCACAUUCGGCAGGUCCCCUUCAGCUAUGCGUACAGUUUGAGUAAGUCGGCAACGACCCAUCUGGUCAAGAUGCUUUCAACGACUCUGAGUUCGUAUGAUAUUCGGGUUAACGGCAUCGCGCCCGGUCUGUACUUUUCGGAGAUGUCGGCGGAAUCGUUCUCGGGAGGCAAUAGGGGAGUUUCUGAUGGAUCUUUUCCACGUGAAAGGAUCCCUCUGACGAGGGGUGGCAGCGAUGAGGAUAUCGCCGGAUUGAUCCUCUGGCUGGCCAGCGCUUCCGGAGGUUAUAUGAAUGGGAGCAUUGUCGUGACUGAUGGGGGUCGAACGGCUGUUCAUCCCGCGGUUUAUUGA